GCAAACCCAAGAAGAGAAGACAUUGAAGCCCCAGCUCUCCGGUGCGCAACCACAAUGAAGUUUCUUCCAAUUAGCCUUCUCAUCUUGGCUCUGGCAACCGCCACCGCUUUUGCCUAUGACCCGAGUCCUCUUCAGGACUUCUGCGUGGCCAUCAACGAUCCCAAAGUAUUUGUGAAUGGAAAGUUUUGCAAGGACCCAAAACAAGUUACAGCAGAAGAUUUCCUCUUUAAAGGGCUCAGAUAUCCAGGGAAUACUGCAAACCCACUCGGAUCGAAAGUCACCCCGCUUGUGGACCAAUUUCCAGGAAUCAACACUCUUGGUAUUUCCAUGGCUCGUAUUGACUUCGCUCCAGGUGGCCUGAAUCCUCCCCACACUCACCCUCGUGGGACCGAAAUUCUGGUCGUGGCUGAGGGCACAUUGCUUGUCGGCUUUGUCACAUCCAACCAAUUGAACAACACCUUCUUCACCAAAGUCUUGUACAAAGGGGAUGUGUUUGUGUUCCCAAUCGGUCUCAUCCACUUCCAGCUGAACAUCGGAAAGACGCCCGCACCGGCCUUCGCCGCUCCGAGUAGCCAAAACCCGGGAGUCAUUACCAUUGCUAAUGCAGUGUUCGGAUCGAAGCCGCCCAUUUCGGCUGAUGUUCUCACCAAGGCCUUCCAAGUGGAUAAGAAGGUGGUUGACUACCUUCAGGCACAGUUUUGGUAUGACAAUUAAGCGGAUACAUGGACCUCCAAGACAUCGGAUUACCUCCAUAUUCUCCAUACUUGAUUGCUUAGACUGACAAUUGCCUCCCAGUAAAAUAAUUGCUCUCGAUGUAACUGAUGAUGAAUGUUUGAAGUAUUAAAAUAUCAUUCUUUGUGAUAAAUAUGAGUCAGACAUGCAUAGGUUCUUGCUUA